GCUGAAUUCGUCCUACAGUCUUCCAGCCUCAUCAUCCUUCAUCCUCAUUUUUCAUUUUUGAUUCACUCAAUGCAGGCCUUUAUUGAAAAGUUCCGCGGUGCGCCGAACGCGUCGGGCUCGCUCGACCAGCUCUUCCAGCAGACAACGUCGCACGCCGACCCCGCCGCCAUCACCACCGCCGCCAAUGCUGCCAACAAUGCAUCUGCAGCCCCUGCUCCCGGGUUUAUGACGCCCGCAAGCCUCGCACAGUCGGCACGGCAGCUGCACAGCCAGAUGCCGUCUGCGCGCUCGUGGACUGAGUUUCUCAACGCCAAGCGCCUGUCGCGGCCCGCUGGCAUGGGCGACCUCUCUGCGCGGCUCUGGGUCAACAUCAGCCACUUCCAAGCCAACUACUUUGCCAUCUUUGUGGCGCUCGUCAUCUACUGCAUAUUAACGUCGCCGACCCUGUUCCUGUCGCUGCUGGUCAUCAUCGCAGUCAUGGCCCUGAUUGCAUUGCGCCAGGGACGACCUCUUCAUGUGGGAGGCAAGGAAUAUACUUCGCGAGACCUCUACAUGGCGGUCGCGACAGUCAGCAUUCCUCUCCUCUUCUUUGCAUCUGCGGGAUCGGCGGUAUUCUGGGUGCUUGGCGCCUCAAUCUUUGUCAUUGUUGGGCACGCUGUAUUCAUGGAAAUCGAUCCGGCUGCUCACGCGGCUGCUUCGGGGCAACCAACCAUGGUUUGAUCUCCAUUGCUUGCUUAUGUAUUUAACGAUUCGCUUUUGUUGCCCUAGCCUCUCCUUUCUCACGUCUCGCUCGACAAAACAUGUGAUACAAUGAUGAAAACAAGAGAACAAAAACGCUUCUUUAAUCAUAACAGCAACCAACAGAACUGGUCGGAAAACAAUAAUGAACAAAUCGGCAGUUUAGGG